AUGCAGAGCGUGCCAAGCGAGACGACACUUAACUCGGAGCCCUACAAAAGCAAGGACAACAUGAACCUGGGGAGAAAUGAAAAGUCAACGGAAUUCUCAGACCAUUCUGAUGUGUCAAACAAUAAGGAGGAUUAUAUAGAUCAUAAGGAGGAGUUCGAUAAAAAAAUGUGCGGAAGUAUGCACGACAAGCUAAACCUGUAUGACAAUAUCGUAAGCGAGAUAAAGGAGCUAUACAAUGGAAAUAUAGUGAUGAACAAUAAAGGAGUAGACAGGCUAAAUAUUAAAAAUGUAGCCAAGGGAUUGUUCCUUAGUAUUAACAAAACGAUUUCAAAAAAGGUUCGUGUUUUAGUAAUAGGAAAUUCAUCAUCAGGAAAAAGUACAUUCAUUAAUUGGUUCCUACAAGAAAACAUACAAAAGACAGGUUACGAGUUUGAGACAAAUCAUUUUACCUUAAUCACAAGUGGAAACUACUACUCAGAAUUCAAUGGAGACGUAACGAUAAAAUCCUUUGACUUCCUCAAACAAAUUGCUUCACGCAAUAGGAAUUUUAAAAAUAAUUUAUGCACAAAAAUGUAUAUUAGUAAAAAUAUUGAAACAAAAAAUAUCGACUUUAUUGAUACGCCAGGAUUGAAAGACAUAAUGAACAAAAUUGAUUUUGAUAUCAACAGUAUAAUUUAUGAUUUAUCUGAUUAUGUAGAUAUUAUUUUAAUUUUUUUUGAUUCAUCGGGGAAAUCCUUAAGUAAUAGAUUACUUCUCAUUAUUAAGGAGAUUUAUGAAAAGCAUUUAGAGAAAAUUAUAUUUAUUUUUUCAAAAAUUGAUGAAAUAAAACAUGAACAGGAUAGAAUAAAAUUGCUCUGUCAGACGACGCAGUGUUUAGCUAGUAAGAUUAACAUACGGUACAAUAUUGAUCUCGUGCCCAUUUAUAUUUAUGGGGCUAAGAAUGGCAGGUAUCUCUUUGAGGGUGCGAGAAAGGAUGAUGAUCUCUGUAUUGUAAACCGGAUGAGCGAUAUUAUUUAUGAGAUAAAGAAACUUUUUUUUAAAAAGUUGGAGAAGGAUCUCUAUUGCCUCGUGAGCGAUUGCGACUGUAUCAUUAAUAAAAUUCUGGACAUUUUGAAGACGGACGGGGAGAGGCAUAUCCACAAGUCAACCCUUAGGCGCGAGCGCAUAAAACACACGGUUAUCCAGGUGUUUACCCUCGUCGCAUUUUUGUUUUUCCUCUGGACGCAGCUUUCCGUGCACACGUACUACAAAGACGUCCUUCUCAGCUACGUGGACAUGUCGACCAACCGCUUCUACAAAAAUUAUGUCAUUAACACGGGAAUGAUUCUGAACAAUUGGGAAAACUCCUACUUGAUGAUAAACAUGGCCCUGGUCUUCUUCUUCCUCCUGAGCGGAAUCAUGAAGAAGAAGUUCACGAAGAACAUAAAGACUUUGCACGUGUCAAGCAAGGAAAUACUCAGGGAACAACUCACAUUUGCCAAAUUCGCCAAAGACAGGGGGAAGUACUUGGCCAAGACCUUCUAUGAGUUGAAGCAGACUUGA